AUGUUUGCUGCGUCUGGCUCCCCAACCUUCCAAGAAGAAUACCGAGGCAACUACGUCCCAGCGGUGAUUGACACCCCGCUUGGCCACCAGGUCGUAGCCCCAGAUAACCCUUACGUGGCCGCAGCCGGGCCUGAUAAGCUAUACUUCCUCGACACCCGGUUGAAUCCUGAGACGGCCCAGCACAUCAAGGAGCAAAUUGAGAAGGCCACCGAGCCGCACCAGGACGGAUAUAUCGCCAUUGACGAGAUUGCGGCCACGGCAAAGAUAAGUAACAAAGUGACCAAGGAAACAAUCUUCGAGUUUGACCCCAACUACGCCAGGAUGCUGUUCGCCUGGGGCAUGAACAGACAUAAUCCGGAUUUCAAGCUUCCGGAGCAUGAGCCGGCCUGCGACUGGUUGGUGACGUAUGACCUAGACAAUAUCCCCCAUUGACGAUUAAGGGCGUCAAUAAGUUCUGCUACGGUUAUGGGUGUUACGCUGCCCAAGAGUGCUGAUAGCAGAUCAAUGGUAACUCUCAAAUUUAUCACACGUAUCGGGUGGACUUUGAGAGUGGCCAGGGGCUGACAGAUCCCAUUGGCACGUGUCUCGCGAAGAUCUGCU